UCUGUUCUAAACGGCUAACCAACAAGCUAACUGGGACAUGUCUGUAUUAGACGACAAGCAAACAAGCUAAAAGUCACCGUGUAGGCUUUAGAUGGCUAACCAACAAGCUAACUGAAACCUGAAAUGUGUUAAAUGACGAGCUAACACGCUAACAGCCGCUGUGUGCUCCCCUCCUAGCUACCGCGUGUUCCGACGGCCGCGCUACAGGGUCGCCUACAAGAUGGUGACCGAGAUGGAGUGGAAGUGUUGCCACGGUUACACGGGAGACGACUGCUGCGACGCGACGAGGGUCGUCACGGACACCAAGGUCAUCGCGGUCCGCCCACCCGACGCGCCGACCGGCCCCCACGGAGGCUGCGAGCCGGGAGGAGGGGGCGGAGGGGACGGCGACGGCCAGAAGGUCCGACAGCUGGAGGAGAAGAUCAGGGGCCUCACCAAGCACCUCCACACCAUGCAGACCACCCUCACAUCCGUCACCUCCACCCUAUCCGGGCUGACAGGGGUGGGGGUCCCGGCAGACGCAGGUCGGCCCCCCAUGAAGGAGACCAUCCACCACAUUCAGAACCGGCUGGACCAGCUGUCCAACCGCAGCCAGGUCCACGACCAGACGCUGCUCCGCAUCAACCACCGGAUGCAGGAGGGGGGGGGGAACACGGUGGACGGGUCCCCGGAGGGGACCCCCCCCCCCGGGGUGAAGCUCCACACCCUGAAGGAGGAGAUCCUCACCCAGCUGGAGGGACGCGUGGCGCUGUCCUGCUCCUCCUGCCAGGCCGGGGUGGAGGACCUGCGCCGGCAGCAGAAGACGGACCAGGACCGGAUCCGCUCCCUGGAGAAGCUCCUGGGCUCGCUGGCCCAGGACCUGAGGCGGAGCGAGGAGACGGCCCGCCGGGAGACGGAGCGCUCCUCCGCCUGCUGCUCCACCCUGGAGGACCUGGGGGCGCGUCUGGCCUCCGUGGAGCUCCGCCUGGGCUCCAGCUCCGCCGCCCACGACGUCCUCAAGGGGCGCCUGGACAAGGAGCUGUCGGGGGCGGGCGGUGGCGGGAAGGGGCGGGUGACGGAGGAGCGGCUGAACGGGCGGCUGCGGGAGCUGGAGAAGAGGCUGAACACCACCGUGAGGAAGGCGGAGCAGCGCUGCUCCAACACGGGCAGCAACAUGAAGGACGUGGUGCAGCGCGAGGUCACCCAGCUGCGCAACGCCGUGUUCGGCCUUCUGGACGACCACGCCUUCAGGAUCGGGAAGGUGGAGCUGGACCUGACGGUGCUGGGGGACACGGUCACCGCCCACAGCGGCCGCCUGGGCCGGCUGGAGAACGCCACCGCCCUCCUGGAGCGGGGGCUGGUCGCCGCGGCCAACGCCUGCUCCGAGGCGUGCGGCCCCGGCGGAGGCGGCAGGGCGACGGAGGACGCGGUGAAGACCCUGCAGUGGAGGGUGGUGUCCAACCAGGACGACCUCCGGCGGUUCGACACGCGGCUGAGGGACCUGUCGGUGUCCGGGGACUCCCUGAAGGACCUGGUCGACGACCUGGGGGAGGACCUCAAGAGGAUCCAGGGGGAGACGGGGGCGGGCGGGGAGCGCCUCGACCGCGUGCUGACGGAGGUGGAGACGCUGGGCCGCGGCGUGGCCCGCUGCGCCGUCUGCCGCGCGGUGGAGGGCGACCUCCGGGCGCUCUCCAACGCCACCGGCGCCGCCCUGGCCCGCUGCGAGGCGGGGCUGGAGGACCUGCGGCGGCGGUCGGCUGCGGACGGCUCCGCCUGCUCCCAGGUGUGCUCCACCCUGCAGGAGGAGGUGGGGCGGCUGAGGGAGGAGGUGGAGGCGUGCGGCCGGCGCUGCGACGACGGCCUGGCGGUCCUGAGGGAGGAGCUCGCCAACCGGACGGCGCGGCUGGACGGGGCGCUGGGCGAGGCGGGCGGGGCGAUGGCCGCCCUGAACGGGUCCCUGCAGAGCGCCCGCUGGACGCUGCAGCAGUACGGCGGAGACCUGCUGGACCUCAGCUCCGCCAACGACGACAUCAUCGCCGACGUCAACUCCAUCCAGGGGGAGCUCCAGGACCACCUGGAGGGCUCCGGCCGGCGGUUCAGCGGCCUGGACCGCCUUCUGACGGAGCUGCGCAGCGACGUGCUGACGGAGGUGGGCGCCUGCCGGAGCUCCAGCGAGGGCCUGGAGCGCCGUCUGGCCCGGCUGGAGGCCCUGGGGGGCCGGCUGGACGCCGUCUCCGUCGGGCUGCGCAGCGUCAAGACCGGACUGAACCGCCACGUCUCGGGGCUCUGGCGGCACCUGGAAGGCCUCAACGUCACCGUGACGACGCAGGGCGGGGCCAUCCAGGACCUGGAGCGGGUGCAGCUGGUGGAGGUGCGCUCCAGGGUGGGGGCCCUGAACACCACCCUGCUGAACCUCACGCAGGAGUUCCACCGCUUCUCCACCCAGGACUUCAUGGGUCCAGCAGGGCUUCCAGGUCUGCAAGGAGAGCGAGGGGAGCCGGGCUCCCAGGGGCGGCAAGGGCCCGAGGGGAAGGAGGGCCCUGAGGGACGAGAGGGGGGCCAGGGGCUGGUGGGGCCCCCAGGUCUCCGAGGUGAAGAGGGUGCGGCGGGCUCCGACGCGGCCGUGCCCCGCCUCUCCUUCUCGGCGGCGCUGACCAGCAGCAUGACGAAGUCCGGGACCAUCGUGUUCAACAAGGUGCUGGUCAACGACCAGAACGCCUACAACCCCGGCACAGGGUACUUCACCGCUCCCGUCGGGGGGAGGUACUACUUCAGCGCCACGCUGACCGGCCACAAGAACGUGAAGCUGGAGGCGGUGCUGUCGCGGUCGGGGCGGGGCGUUGCCCGCGGCGACUCGGCCGGGCACCAGCCCGAGGGUCUGGAGAAGCCCCCCGGCAAGGCGGCCCACCUGCCGGGGGCGCUGGCCGUGUUCAGCCUGGUGCUCCCCCUGGAGGCCGGGGAGACGGUGUGCGUCGACCUGGUCACGGGGCAGCUGGCCCACGCCUCCGAGCCCCUCACCCUCUUCUCCGGGACCCUGCUCUACGAGACCCCCUGAUGGGCCCCGCGCCCCCCGGAGCGCUGCAGUGUCGGACGCUCCCAUUGGUCGGAGACCGUUAGCUCCUCCCCUCCUCGUUCGUUACCCUGCCGGCCCUCCUGAUAGGUGGAGGGAUUUGCUUGUUUGUGAUUGGUCCGUCUGCUGCACAGAGAGAGCGAGCGAUUGGCUGGAGACUCUAAUGAGGAAGAUUAGGAUGAGGAUGAUGAUGGUGUCGCUGACUCCAUCUUGGGUUCUGAGGAAGAAGAAGAUCAACCCACCAGCGUUUCUGUUCCACGUGUUUAUUUUUAAUCCAUGUUGUCUGCUUACAGUUUCAUGCUCUCAUCUGCUAAUGUCGUCACAUACCUGAAGGUUUCCACCUCUCCCUCUCCUCCUCCUCCUCCUCCUCUCCUCUCCUCCUCUCCCCCUGUCUCCCUCU